GAAAGAUUUUUUGGAACGUGUAAACAUAUAUAAAACACCCAGUCUUCUAAUGAACCGAUUACUUACACUUUUGACUACCUCGAAUUGAAGAGCUUCUGGCCGUCGGAUCGGAUAGAGAGGGAUGAGGGGAGCGGAGCUCGCGUUACUCGGUCCAUUGCGCCUGUCAGGUAAGCUGUGCUUCAAUACAACUAGAAAGAAGCGAAGAACUUGGAAAGUCAGACCUGUUCGUGGCCUCUGGAACUUCUUCGGAGGUAGAGAAGAGGCCACGGAUUCUAUCUCAUUUUCGAAACAGUCUGGCUACCACGAAUUGGAGCUCCCUUCGUUUCUGCCACUGCUCGUCCAAGACACCUUCCUUGCAGAUAAAGAGCUCAAGUGCUGCUACAAGGCAUCUCUGGACGGCUUCAGUGCGUACAAGUUCCACGGCUGCACUGACUUCAAAGGUCCCUGCGUCGUUCUAGGCCUCACUCGAGGCGGACUUCGUUUCGGUGGAUUUAAUCCUCUCGGAUUCCGAAGCACUGAUGACUACUACGACACCUUCAAAGCCUUCCUGUUCUACUGCCCUCAAGGAGAUUCACCACCUGUUAUUCUUCCCAAAAUCGGAGGCUCGGGAGCUGCAAUAUUCGACUAUGCUCGAGGAGGGCCGCAGUUUGGAGCUGAUGGACUUUUGAUCGGGCCUCCACUAGUUCCUGUUAUGGGUGGCCUUUCUGGACCUGAUCCAAACAAAGGUGAAGGCGAUCUCAGCCAAGCAAAGUCGAGACUAGGACUUUCGUAUGCAUGCAGACCUGAUGGAAAGGAUUCGAUUUUCGGUGACGAUAAGAAGGCCACGGUUGUCGAAAUAGAAGUUUUCACUUGUCCAGCAAUACGUGAUAUGUACUAGGUAGACUAUACUGCAAAGCGAGGAGUUACAAAGGGAUUUUAAAGAAAAAACUUACCGAAACGCAUUUCAACGUA